GGCAACAUUUUUAAUUUGAAAGUGAAAAGCGACGGUCGUAGGCGCUUGAAACACGCUCAUACAACGAGCCGAAACGACGACAAAAAUCGUAAAGUUCGCGCAGUAGGUCGCUUGUGACGCGCGCUUCCUGGAAGCAAUUGCAAUACAAUACAAAUAAUAAACUCGAAAAUUGUGCCAAGUUUUGUUGAAUCAAACGAAAAUAUCUCAAGUCUAAUAGACACAGGAAACACAAGUGAUUGAGUACAGUUCGUGUAGCGUGCAUCCGUUUCCGUUAACGUUAUUAUUGUUGUUGUUCUUGACGACGCGGUCAACGCGCUGUUCACUCCUGUCAACUAGUUUGCCACGAGCCCGCGCUUCGCAAUCCAAAUUUGAACGGAAGUUGUUAGUCCUUUCGUACAUAACAUAGAAAAGGAUACCACUACUCCACCGCAAAAAAACAACACUAAGGAUUACAUCGAAAAUUCUACUUGUGCUAAAAUUCACCACAAAUGAUGAUUUUACGGAUAACAGCAGUGACGCUUCUGCUAGCGGUCAGCCUCAGUGAUGGCGUUGUAGUGAAGCAACGACCACAGUAUGGCCCACCACCACCACAACGACAACCACAUCGCGAGUAUGGCGUACCACAGCAGAUACCGUUCCGUGAGUAUGGCCCACCAGCGCUCAAAUAUGGACCACCCAAAUUCAUAAGCGGUGGUAAUGGUGGCAGCUUUUCAUCAAGUGGCAGUAGUAGCAGCAGCAGCAGUAGCUUUAAUAGUGGCUUCCAUGAACAAAUCAAAUCGCAUUUCGGUGUGCCAAAGCCGUUCUAUGGACCACCACAUACACAACAUAAGCCAGCACCCAAUUAUGGACCACCACAGGCACAGUAUGGCCCACCACCACGUCCGGCGCCACAAUAUGGACCACCACCAUCGAAGCCAUCACCACAAUACGGCCCACCACCACCACGUCCAAGCUAUGGACCACCACCACCACAGGCGCUGCCUUCUCCAUUACCCGCACCACUAUUCAAACCAGAACAUUCACCAGCCAGUUCUUAUGGACCACCACCAUCAGGACCGCUGAAUUUGCCACCCAAACCUGUGUACGGUCCACCUAAGCCUUCUUACGGUCCACCGCCAUUGGCUUUAGGGCUUACCGGCCCCGGUCCAGCACCUGCCAACUUCAAUAAAGUGCCCGAAACAACGAUUAUACUAGCAAGCGGUGGCGGCAACGGCGGUUCCUCUGGUGCUCAUCAUCAUCACGGUAAUGGCGGCGGUCCAGUGAAACAAGUGCAAAUCCAAAUCGAUGCUUCCGGGCAUACGCACAGUGUUAGCGGCUCACAAGCACCAUUUCACACAGCUUGCGACGGUUGGAAGCCAAUACCGGCACCAGUAGGCUCCUAUGUCGAGGGCAAUAACAUCGAGACUCAAUCUGGUUACAGCCAUGUCGCACAAGGUAGCUUCGGCACACAGUACAACGGAGGUGCAAGUAUUUCCGGCGGCUCCGCAGGCAUUCACGGCGGUGCAACUGGCAGUGGCGGUAGCAUUGUUGCUGGAUUGACCGAUGAACAACUCGUUGCUGUUGCAUUGCAAUCAGGCGGUUUCGAUGCGUCCAACCAUGGAGUGCAAUUGUUACCAUCAGGACCAGCGGGUGAAUUCAAGCAACAAAAUAUUAACUCCAUUGAAACCGACGUUCUGCAGGCUUCGCUCGGCGGCGCUGGCGAUGAUUCGUAUAGCAAACCACCGCCAGACUCUUAUGCGCCCGGCUCAAUCCAUGCACACAAACACAAUAACAUUGGCGGAGGACCCGGCGGUAACUACGGACCACCACCACCGCCACCACCAGUAGACAGCUAUGGCCCACCACCGAGUGGUAACUAUCUGCCACCACCAAGCGGCAAUUAUGGUCCACCACCAUCGGCAUUGCCACCACCAAGCGACAGUUACGGACCUCCACCACCACCACCUUCUAGCGCUGCUCUUUUUGUUGAAAGUCAUCAUGGCUCUUCCUCAUCCGCUUCAUCCUCCUCCUCCACUUCCUCUCAAGCUGGCUUACAUUACGGCUCGCAAUCCGGCAAUGUAUUGAAUGUACCUACACAUGGUGCCUCGCAACCUAGUCGUCCGGUAUCGUUCCGUCCACCAGUACCUCAAGGCCUACUUGAGUCGAUUGGUGCUACCGUGCAGCAUUUGGAUCAAUUCGGUGUUAAGCCACCAACGCAGCCACCCACUUACAUACCGCCUGCUGCAAAUGAAAUCGCCGAUAACGGACUUGGUGGUAAUCUCGGUUCUGAAUACGGACCACCGCCACCAGCACCGGCUCAAGUGAAUAUACCCAUUGGCGUUAUUGAGCAGCAGUUGCCACAACAGCAACCGCCUCAGGUCUUCACACAGGUAAAUCAGCAACACGAACAUCACAACCACCAACAAAAUACACAACACUUCCAACAUCAACAACAACAAAUACAACAACAACAAUUCGAACAACAUGGUUCAUUCCAACAAUUUCCACCAUUGUCUCCACCUCCACCACAACCCCAAUUUGAAAUUUUACCCCCCUUACAGGAACAUCGUGGCAACGCGCAAAACCAAUAUGGUCCACCCUUGCCACCAUCACCACCACAACAGCAGUAUCUACCCCCACCACCACCACAACAUGGUGGUCGUCCCUUCCCACAACCACCACCACCACCACCACCAUCUCAACAAUAUCUGCCACCGACACAACAAACCGGUCCAGUAACCUUCCAGCAGCAAAAUAUUGGUAGUGCAUCCUCGAGCUCCAGCUUUGAAAAUUCGUACUCCUCCUCGCAACACAAUGAGCAAUUCAUACACGCACAGGCAUUGCCACUGCUGCAGGAACCACGUUUCACACAGGUGCAUGAUUGCGGUCAAGGACCGAAUCUAGUCAGUGCUGGCUAUCAAUUGCAGCAACAAAACCAAUAUCAGCAACAACAACAAAACCAGUUCCAACAUCAACAACACCAACAGCAUCAGUUCCAACAGCAGCAGCAACAACAACAACAGUUCCAACAACAGCACUCGCACCAAUACUCUGUCUCUAACUCAGUCUCCAGCAACUCUGCCAACGCCUACAAUGCCAUCUCACAAAGCAUACCCGUGGCUGAAACACACACCCAGUUUGUGGAACACGAACCAGCCGAUAGCUACGGACUACCAUCAGGUGGCAAUAACAUCGAUCAUGACUAUGAUGGCUAUGCUUCACAAAAGUCCACAGUAGCUACCUUACCCGACGGCACCGAUCCACAAGAACUGCCCGGACUCGAUGGUCUCAAUGUGAUUUCCGCGCAGAAAUCUCAGUCCAUACAGUUGUCGCCCGAUCAGGUCAGCGGUGCUGCACAUAGCCAAUAUGAACCGACUUUCCAAUUGGAUAUUGCCGGUAAUGGCGCCAAAUCGAUACAAACCGAACAGUCAUCUAACCACGAAGAGAUACUCUCUGAAGGCUUGUUGCAGUCCAUAUUAACUGCUAUUGAGCAACCACAGCAGAAGGGUGUGCAACAUCAGCACACAGUGCAAGUGAUCACAAAUCAACACAACGAUAUCUACGGUCAUGGCGCGCAAAGCCGUUCCGACACAGACAUACAUGAAGAUGCCACGCCCGAUGAUGAGCACGAACCCGAAGUGGCCGAAUCGGAAAAGGUUGAAGUGCAUGUAAACGCCGACGGCGAAGAAGUCGCGACAGUGGAGGAAAUCAAGCCGAUCGUAGCGGCCGAAGUCGAUGACGAUCAAGCGAAGCAUUAGCAAUAUACACGAAGUAUAAAAAAUAACGGUAGUUGGAGUUAGUUGUUAGGAGUAUAAGUCACUACUUGGCGCAUGCGCUGUCCAUUAGAGGAUUACUGUAGCGCCGAGGUGAUAAUACAUAUGACCGAAGCUAGUUAUCAUCACAAAACUAAUUUAUUUUAACGAUAACGAAACGUGUUCUCUUUGUGGAACAAACAAAAUACAUAAUGUCAUCACAAAGAAAAUCAACAAAGUAAUUUGGUAUAACCUCGUUAGGGUUGCCAUUAGUUUUAAGUACAUUUACAUUUACAUAUAUUAAUUAUAACAAACAUUCACUAUCAUUUUCCAUUGAAGUUGCCAUAUCUUAUUGUACAUGGCUUUGCCUUUGUCCUGCGAAAAUGUCAACUAAGAAUGCUUACAUUUUUCGUCUUCAUUUGCGAAUAAGGACACGCGGCAAAGCGGAGUGAGCAUCUUUUCAUUAAAUGUUUAAAAACUAAAUGUUUAUUAAUUAAAAUCAUGUAAAAUUAAAUAUGUAUAAAUAAUUACGAUAAUUUAUUUAAAAUAAAAAUUUCGAAAAAUUAAA